AUGGUCUUCUCGGGCAACGAUGAUGGCUGGAAGCCCGACCACGCGAGAGACCUGGAUCUAGAAGAGAAGACAGCUCUACUAAAUACCACCGAUGAAGGCAUAGAGACUGCCAGUGGGAACAAGACAUCGGUGCCCCCUGUCUUGAAGAGGGGCCCCAGGAAAUGCCGUCGCAUCCUCUGUCGCGCCUUCAUGACAUUGGUAUUUGCUGGUGUUAUGAUCUGGAACUUUGCACCAUCCCCCAAUGCCCAACCCUCCGAACCUACCACUCAGCCUGCUCCGUCAGUGUCGCGGGCUAUCUGCAAAACCCCCGAGUGCAUUCACGCGGCGUCGGAGAUUCUCUAUAAUCUAGAUUCAAACUAUGAGAAAAUUGACCCAUGUACCGACUUUGACCAGUACGUAUGUGGCGGUUGGAGAGAACGACAUGAUAUGCGCUCUGACCAAGGCUCGGUCUUUGCUGGAACAAUGAUGGCAGAGGCUGCUCAAACACGCCUUCGUCAUAUCUUAGAGCGCUCAGAAGCUCCAGAGUCUGCCGACGCUGUGAAUUAUAAAAAGCUGAAGGACGCAUAUGAUGCUUGUCUGGAUGAAUCUACUAUUCGAGAAAGGGGCACUCAGCCAUUAGUUGAAGUCCUAACGGAGCUGCAGACCGUUUAUGCCGCUAAUGAUGAAGCAAAGGCUCGAACUGAGGAUAAUCUUACCGAUGCUAUUUUGUUUCUCCUCAAAAAGGGCGUCGAGGCUCUCGCAUCUCCAGGUGUUUCUGCUGAUGAUCGGGACCCCGAUAACGUUGCAGUCUUCAUCAACCCACCUGGCAACAUUGGGCUUCCUGCACGCGAAUACUAUAACAAUACUGAAACGGUCGCCAAGUACACGGGGGUUGUGAAGCAGAUCUUGCAAGCUUUCAAAGUCAGCGAUUUUGAAAAAAUUGCGGAGAACAUUGUCGCCUUUGAAAAAGAGCUGGCCGACGCAACUCCAGAUACACAGACCCAGGAGGAUGUUACCAAGUCUUACAACCCACUUAGUGUCAAAGACACUCAGCUGCUAGUUCCCCAAAUCUCUUUUGAUGGGAUCCUCUCAGAGCUGGCACCGGACAAUUAUACAAGCGAUCGCCUGAUUGUUGGAUCGCCAUCGUAUUUGAAGGCUCUCUCCAAGAUCUUGAAACAUGCCCCCAGACAGACCGUUUCCUUCUUCUUCCAAUGGAAAAUCAUCCAGGCUUUUGCGGGCAGUAUUGAGGAUGAUAAAAUUGUUCCUCUCACCCGAUUCGCGAAUGAACUUGCUGGAAAGGACCCGCAAGCCAAGGAAGAGCGCUGGAGGAAGUGCAUUCGCAGCCUUGAUGAGGGCUUGGGCUGGACCCUGAGCCGAUUCUACGUGUUGGAUUCAUUCUCAGAAGAGUCAAAGAAGCUUGGUGACCAGGUUGUGUCAGACAUCAAAGAACGGUUUGCCUUUACUCUGGAUCAAACCGCAUGGAUGUCCCCAGAUGUGCGAAAGCUAGGGAUCCAGAAGGUGGAGAACAUUGUGCAGAAGAUUGGGUUCCCUACCACGAGUCCCAACGUGUUGGACCCGCGGGAUGUGGAGAAGUAUUAUGAGGCACUUGAGGUUUCCAAGAAGACCUUCUUUGAGAACGAGCUUGCCGUUGCGAAGUUUGAUCUUGCGCACGAGUGGUCAAAAUUAGGCAAACCAACCAACCGAGAUGAAUGGGGUAUGACCGCGGCAACCGUCAAUGCCUAUUACAACCCCCCGGGGAACGAGAUCGUCUUCCCGGCUGGCAUAAUGCAGCCUCCCACGUUUUACGGAGCAACGGCACCGUUGUAUUUGGCCUAUGGAUCGUUUGGAGCUAUCAGCGGCCAUGAGCUCUCUCACGCGUUUGACUCGACUGGUCGGCAUUACGACGAGACGGGCAACUACACAAACUGGUGGGACGACGAGACCGUCCAGGCCUUUGAAGAACGGGCUCAAUGUUUUGUAGACCAAUACUCCAACUUUACCGUUGAGGGACCCGGCGGCAAGAUGCUGCAUGUGAAUGGACGCCUCACCCUCGGAGAAAACAUUGCUGAUGCUGGUGGACUGACCGCUUCGUUCCACGCCUGGAAGAAACAUGACGAUGCAAAGCCCGACCUCCAUCUCCCAGGACUGGAUGCCUUCACCAAAGAGCAACUGUUUUUCGUUUCGUACGCUAACUGGUGGUGUGGUAAAUCUACGCAAGAGGCCGCCGAGCAGGCCAUCUACAACGAUCCGCAUGCACCCAAGUCGGCGCGGAUUAUUGACACUAUGGCAAACUCUCGAGAGUUCAAAGAGGCCUUCCAGUGCCCGGAGAAGAAGCCGGUUUGUCAGCUCUGGUGA